AUGGACCACGGUGACUUCAGACUCAGCCCGAAAUUAGCCAGGAUGCAUCGGAGAUCCCUCUUAAAUCAGAGAAGAAUACCACCACGAGGUCCAACAUUUGAAAGGACAAUCCCACCCGAUCCGAACUUCAUACCACUGCUGCCUCUUAAGAGAAGUUCUGCCACGGUCGAACAAUCUCCAUCGUCGUCCCAGGCUAUAGAUAGACUCAGCGAUUCUGGUGUCAUGGCCAAACACUUUCGGGCAUCCGAUUCUCCUGUGUCGGCGCUCUCAGUUCGUGGCUUCAGAAGGACCCAAUCUAAAACUACGAGUUAUUCAGAAAGGAACCCACUCUCAAACCUAACAAAUGUGGACCAUAAUCAAAAUGUUGGCUUCAAUCCUAUGGUGCUAACCAUGAACAACAGUAGUGGCAAUUAUACGGGUAAUGACAUGAAGGAAAAUGCCUCACCAAGCCAAGACUAUAGCAAUAUUUCAGGGAUUAGUGGUGGACCAUCAUCAGCCACUCCAGCUAGAGCACGACAUGGGGCAAUGGAUCACAGAGAAAGCCGUCGAAAUAUUGAAACAAACCUGGCCUUUCGAAUUGGAGUUGUGGAUAAUCAUAAGUCUGUAUUCUCCAGCGAACAGUCGUCAUCAGACAUGCACCGUGUUAAUCCAACAGAUCACGAUCCCAUGCCAGAUUUCGAAGGUUUGCACCGGUUCGUUGCCUCAUCCGGUCAGAUCAUCGAACUGGACCCACUUAAGGUCCGGUUCACCGUUAUACAUGCAUUUGAUGAUACUGGAGUAGACACUGACUACGUACAUAACUCCAGGACAAAUGAGCAUGAAGGGCCACACCAACUUUCUCUGGUCGAGUCGGCAGAGUCGAUUUGGGAGGAAGAUACUUGGGAUGCUGGAGAUGCAAUCCAUCGUUGCAUGUUCUGCAAUGCAUGCAUGUGGGAAGGGGAAAAGUUGGCUAAAAGCAGGAGCAGCAGAAUUCCUCGAUUUGGUCUUUGCUGCAUGGAUGGAAAGGUACAAUUGCCGUUACUUACACAGGUCCCUGCAAUUCUACAAGACCUCCAUCGUGGACAUGAUGACAAAGGUAGGUACUUCAGGAAGAAUAUCCGUAAGUUUAAUUCCAUGUUUGCGUUUACGUCAAUGGCUGGAAAGGUUAACCGAGGCAUUAACAACGGCACGGCUCCACCGACUUUUUCAAUUAAUGGUCAGAACUACCAUUCAAUUGGAAGCCUGAUCCCUAACAACAAUGAAAGGCCGAGAUUUGCGCAACUGUACAUCUAUGACACAGAUAAUGAAGUGUCUAAUCGGAUACUUGCUGUGAGGUCGGGUGAAAUAAUCAACAAACUUGAAACUGAAAUCGUGUCUGAACUCACUAAGAUGCUGGACAUGUGCAAUCCUCUUGCCAAGAGUUUUCGCUUUGCUCGAGACAGGUUCGCUGAUAGCGAGCCUUCAGAAAUUAAAAUGAGGCUGAUUAGGAAGCGGGAAAAGGAUGGAAGAGUGUACAACUUACCCACUGCGUCUGAGGUUGCCAUCCUGAUAGUAGGUGACAUUGACGACUCAAUCCUUGAUAGAGAUAUUAUUAUUCAGUCCACAGCAAAUAAGUUGCAAAGAAUAGAUGUUCUACACCCGUUGUACUUGGCUCUUCAAUAUCCGUUGAUAUUUCCAUACGGUGAGGAUGGAUUCAGGACAGGUAUUCAGACAUCUACUAGAUAUGACCUAAAUGGUAUAAAGAAACGUAAGACGAUAAGUAUGAGAGAGUUUUUUUCAUACCGUAUACAGAUGAGGUUCAAUGAGUCCCCAGUCAUGUUACAAUCUAUGAGGUUGUUCCAACAAUUUCUGGUCGAUGCGUACACGAUGAUUGAGGCUGAACGGCUUAGUUUUAUCAGACAUAACCAACCCAAACUAAGGGUGGACAAAUAUAUUGCACUGCAUGAGUCAUUGGUUAGAGGAGAGGCAAGUGCUGUUGCAACUGGACAGAGGAUUAUACUACCGAGUAGCUUCACUGGCGGUCCUCGGUACAUGUUCAACAAUUGCAAGGAUGCAUUUGCAAUUUGCAAAUAUGCAGGUUAUCCUAGCUUUUUCAUAACAAUUACUUGCAAUCCUGAAUGGGAUGAGAUAAAACGUUCGUUAAAAGACACAGGGUUAAAAGCACAAGACCGUCCUGACAUUGUAUCGAGGAUUUUUAACCUAAAGCUCGGUCAGUUGAUAGCUGACUUCAAGCAUGGUCAAUUCUUUGGCAAGAUAACGGCAUGUAAGUUUAAUGAAAUCUAUUAUGUUAUACAUGUAUCAAAAUUAAAGCCUAACAAUGAGUUGGUCUCUACAGACGUAUGCACGGUAGAAUUCCAAAAGCGGGGACUCCCACAUGCGCACAUACUGCUGUUCAUGCAUCCUCUAUCCAAGCCUAAGUCACCAGACGAUAUUGACAAACUAAUCUCAGCUGAGAUUCCAGACAAGAUCAAGAGGCCAAAACUUUAUGGGGCAGUUGAAAAGUACAUGGUCCAUGGCCCGUGUGGCAAGUAUAAUAGUAAAAGCCCCUGCAUGUUGAACGGUCGGUGCUCAAAGUAUUAUCCCAAGCCCUUUAGAUCAAGGACAAUGAUUGAUGAUGGUGGGUUCCCCAAGUAUAAGAGGACGGAUAAUGGUCGGAUAGUCACAAAGAAUAAUACGGCCCUCGAUAAUUCAUAUAUUGUACCAUACAAUCCAUCACUACUACUGAAAUACGGUUGCCAUAUAAAUGUUGAGCACACCUGCCAAAAGUCCGCAAUAAAGUAUUUGUUUAAGUACGUUCACAAGGGCAAUGAUCGGGUAACUGCUUCUUUCUACCAAACCAAUGUAGACGGUGAGUCUGAACAAGUGGUAGAUGAGAUACGCAACUAUUAUGAUUGUCGGUAUAUCUCAGCCUGUGAGGCAGCUUGGCGCAUUUUUGGGUAUGACAUCCAACAGAAGGAACCUUCGGUCAUCAGGCUUCCUUUUCAUUUGCCAAAUGAACACCCUGUUAUAUUCAGGGAUUACGAAAACAUUGUUGAUGUAAUAGAUAGGGUAGAUGGCAAGCUAACAAAGCUAUUGGCCUGGAUGCUUGCGAAUAGGUUGUUUCCUUAUGGUCGUACUCUUACAUACAGUCAAUUUCCUAACAAAUUUGUAUGGAAAGAUGACAUAUCCAUGUGGAUGCCAAGGAAACAAGGAUUCUCCAUUGGUAGGCUUUCGCAUGUUCCCCGCGGCAACGGCGAGGAUUAUUACCUGCGACUUUUGCUCAACAUACAAAAGGGAUGCCUCAGCUAUGUUCAUUUGCGCACAGUCAACGGGGUUGUGUAUGGUACCUUCAAGGAAGCAUGCUAUGCAUUGGGGUUAUUGCAAGAUGAUAAGGAAUUCAUUGAUGCUAUAAUAGAAGCAAGCACGUGGGCCUCUGGAAACUACUUGCGUGACCUGUUCGUGGUGCUCUUACUAUCUAACAACGUUGUAAGACCCGAGGUUGUUUGGGAGCAGUGUUACCAUGUAUUGUCCGAGGAUAUCUUAUUCUGUCAUAGAAAAAAUAUGCAAUGUGCAGAUCUUGAACUUUCACCGGAGCAAAUUAUGAACAUGACACUUGCGAAAAUUGAGGACAAGCUUCAGGGUAAUGGAAGAUCUCUUAAAGAGUUUGACAAGAUGCCUUACCCAAGUUCGGACAUUAUUGAUGGCUUAGAGGAUCGACUCCUACUAGAUGAGCUGAACUUUGAUGUCGAUGCCCUAACUAAGGAGCUUAACAACAACCUAUCUAAUAUGAACAUAGGUCAGAGAAAAGCAUUUGAUGUCAUCAUACAGGCAGUCAAUGGUAACGCCGGAGGAUUCUUCUUUGUUUAUGGCUGCGGUGGUACCGGUAAGACGUAUCUAUAUAGGACUCUAUCAGCUGCAAUUCGAAGCAAAAGGGGCAUUGUACUGAAUGUUGCAUCCAGUGGGAUUGCUUCUUUAUUGCUUCCAAAUGGACGAACAGCUCAUUCAAGGUUUAAGAUACCGCUGGAGUUGACAGAGGACUCAGUAUGUUGCGUUAAGCAAGGUACAUCUUUGGCCAAGUUGAUAUGCAAAGCUAGACUUAUUAUAUGGGAUGAGGCACCAAUGCUCAACAAACUUUGCUACGAAGCACUCGACAAGUGCUUUCGUGACAUCCUGAGCUCAGAACCAUAUUAUAAUGCAGAAUUACCUUUUGGAGGUAAGGUCGUGGUACUAGGAGGUGACUUUAGACAGAUUCUUCCAGUCAUUCCAAUGGGCUCCCGUCAGGAUAUUGUUCAUUCAGCUAUCAAUGCUUCGUAUCUAUGGCAACACUGUACUGUUCUAACCCUGACAGUGAACAUGCGUUUAACUAUUGGACCAACAGAUAAAGCUGUGGAUGAUGUUACUGAGUUCUCAAAAUGGCUGUUGGAUAUUGGGGAUGGCUUGGUUGGGGAUUCUAUGGAUGGGGAGUCAGAGGUGCAUAUUCAUCCUGACAUAUUGAUACAUGAUUCAAUUCGUCCCUUUGAUGAUAUGGUUGAGUUUGUAUACCCUAACCUCUUGGCUAAUAUUACUCAGCCAUCGUACUUUAAACAUCGAUCCAUCCUUGGUCCUACAUUAGAGGUGGUCAAUGAGGUGAAUACGCUCAUAAUGGAUCGUUUGGAAGGGGAUGAAAAAAUAUAUUUAAGCUGUGAUAGUUUGUGUGUUGAGGAAGGAAACAUGGAGUCAGACUUGGACACAAUUACACCGGAUGUUCUUAAUGCUAUUAGCUGCUCUGGUUUGCCCCCACAUCAACUAACUCUAAAAGUAGGUGUGCCAGUCAUGCUAUUGCGCAAUAUUGACCAGUCCAACGGUCUAUGUAACGGGACAAGAUUACAAGUGCGGAAACUAGGAAAUCAUGUCGUUGAGUGCAUGACGUUAACAGGAAACAAGGUUGGUCAGGUAGUCAUAAUACCGCGAAUGGAUAUGAUUCCUACCAACCAAGGUCUGCCGUUUAGGUUUCAGAGAAGACAAUUCCCAAUUAUUGUGUCCUUCGCAAUGACGAUUAAUAAGUCACAGGGACAAACUUUGACCACGGUUGGGUUGUACUUGCCAAGGCCAGUUUUUUCGCACGGCCAGCUGUAUGUUGCACUAUCAAGAGUAAAGUCAAAGAAUGGACUCAGAGUGUUAAUUCAGAAUAACAAAUGCAACGUGGCCACUUCGACAAUCAAUGUGGUCUACAGGGAAAUAUUCGAGAAUAUCCACUAG